CUCGCCUUCUGCACGUGGCGCCGAGAGGAGAGCGUUGCUGGCGCAGGCAGGCAGGCAGGCGGACCGGGCACGAGCACGAUGGACAGCAACAAGGAUUCGGCGGGCGGGUGGAACAGACCUCGAGUCGGGGCCGGGCGUCAUUAAUUAAAGCGUGCAGUCAAGGUGUGUGUCGUGUGUGUUCUCUUCUCUGUCUGCUGGCGCAGCGGCGGCCCGCGGGGUCUAUAAAAUGGCAUUUUGAAUGGCGGAGUCUCUUGGGAAAGCAUUUUUGCAAACCGUUGGAUGGGUUUUUGGAGAGGCGCAGCCCCAGAGACAGGAGGGAUGCAGAUCAAAAAGCAUUUGGAUAGCCAGCGGAACUCUCUGAGACUUGUGGAGCUCUGAAGGCAGCCGACAGGACAGCUCUCUUCUGGAAAACGCUGUGCCGUGGUCGUGCGUCUCCAGCUGCCGAGAAGUUUGGGGGCAAAAACGGGCGUGGGCCAAAAUGUCCAAUCCUUUGAAGCAGGUUUUCAACAAGGACAAAACCUUCCGUCCCAAGCGGAAAUUCGAACCUGGGACACAGCGGUUCGAGCUCCAUAAGAAGGCCCAGGCAUCGCUCAACGCUGGGCUGGAUCUGAAACUGGCCGUCCAGCUGCCGUCUGACGAGGAGCUGAACGACUGGGUGGCCGUUCACGUGGUGGACUUCUUCAACCGCAUCAACCUCAUCUACGGGACCGUCAGUGACUGCUGCACCGAGAAGUCCUGCCCGGUUAUGUCGGGAGGGCCAAAAUACGAGUAUCGGUGGCAGGACGAAAAGUAUCGGAAGCCCACUGCCCUCUCCGCGCCCAAAUAUAUGAAUCUGCUCAUGGAUUGGAUUGAAGUCCAGAUCAACAACGAGGAUAUCUUCCCCACGAAUGUCGGUACCCCCUUCCCCAAGAACUUCCUCCAGGUGGUGAAGAAAAUCCUCUCCCGUCUCUUCCGGGUCUUCGUCCACGUCUACAUCCACCACUUUGACCGGAUUGCCCAGAUGGGCUCAGAAGCCCACGUGAAUACCUGCUACAAGCACUUCUUCUAUUUUGUGAAAGAGUUUAACCUCAUCGACACCAAAGAACUGGAGCCACUGAAAGAAAUGACCUCUCGGAUAUGCCAUUGAUGUUCCAGGACUUGCCUGACGUUUCCCAGCUAUGUCCACUCAGGGUAUCUCGGGACGGUGGAACUCACCUCUGCCACGGAUGACAUGGCAAUCUGGAAGUGUGUUUCUUUUUAAAGAACAUAAGAUAUACAUUUUUUUAAAAAAAAAAAAGAACUUUCCUCAGAUGACUUGGAGUUCAUAAUGCAAAUGUUGUAUAGGAUGCUUCUGAUUGUUAGAUAUAACUAUUUUUUUAAAUUGACCCUCUACAAUGUUUACCACUUGGUGAGAUGAUAUCACUGUUCAUUCCACCCCCACCAACAGAAUGUUAUUUUUAGGAUCAUAUUCUCUCUUCAUGCCUUCAAACUCUGGUUUGAAGAGAAACAUUGGGGAAAGUUUAUCUGCUUUUCUGUGCCCAGGAACCAUUUGCAAUGUUAUGAGGGAUUUGGGGUGCGUCUGUUGCAUCCCGCGGUGAAAGUGCAUAAGUGGGCAAGAUAUCUCUUUUUGUGUGUGUUAAAAGCAACCAAGAUCCACGUGAAAUACAUAUGCCGUUAAAGCUC